CAUUCGUGAGGUCUCCGUCGCUGGGAGUUGCACGGCCGCUGGCGACCUGAACGGGUGCCCAGAAGGGAAGAAAAUGAAGAUCGGCAACUUCGAUAGCAUAUCCAGGUGGUUCCCCAUCACGGCAGUGAUUGUUCUAGGCCUAUUGGGUGAGGUCCCCUCAAGCCAUGUUCCUGGAUUCUGCCCCUGGUUCGAAGUUCUUCCCGGCUAUGGCCAAGUCUGCUUAUCAGGGUCCCCAUCAGAUUUCUGGACCGCGAAACUGGAAUGUGAAAAACUGUGUGGUCAUCUUCUGAUGGUUAAGACUGACCGCGACAAGCAAGUCCUGGACAUGAUGUUAAGGAGGGACGAAGUCCCCCUUAAUUUGAGCCCGCAGGUUGGUUUGUGGAUCGGAGGGUAUCGGAACAACAAGACGGCACCACUCCGGUGGGUGGACGGAACUGUAGUUGAUGACGCUGCCUUUGACAAUAUUAAUCAUACAGAAUCCGUUUGCCAAGCGCUUCUGCUCCACAAACUCGAUCAGUUUCAAGAGCACUUUAGGGCCAGUUUAAGAGACUGCUAUAUAAGCAAACACCCAUUCAUAUGCGCUAGAAACAACCACUCCGCUCACGAUUGUACCCAUUCCGGAGGACCGUCGCUUGCCUGUGCACUCGAGGUCAUUGACACGCCCGCCUACGUGUACGUAAACCAGAAUGAUAUGACGAUGACCACAGUGUGCAAACGUGGACAUAUAUUUCCCGAUGGUUCAAGAAUAAAAACGGUAUCUUACAAUAGCGAGGGGUGGUCUCGUUCAUUUCCGCCUUGUAUAGCUAUAGACCAGUAUCUGAACGGAAUCCGUGAAUGUAACGCCUCUCGGCAGAUCAACGCGGCGACCUUAUUGUUACGUGAGCCUAGUGUCCCUCAAGAUGGAACGCCUUGGACACCAUAUGAACCUACAAAAUGUGACAGCUCUGGAACAUGCCACGUCGACCAAAUAAAAUGUCCGCCAGGCUACACCUACCGACGGGCCAACUCCUGCUACAAGGCUUUUGUCGGAAUGAGGCCGUGGUCGGACGCACAAAAUGUAUGCAGUCAAGAUGGCGGCCAUCUUGUUUCCCUGGAAUCAAUGUCUGAAUUGAACCACGUUUUGGACCAAUUUCGAAGACAUUCGACUAUGUUCCCAAUUCCAGGCUUGCGUGGUUUAUGGAAGCUUGGUCUGGAACAUGGCGCUAGCGAUCUCAGCGGCCAAGGUUUCCACGGACGGAUGAACAACACCACGUACUCAAUUGGAGUCAAUGGUGAACCGGAAGGGGCAAUCGAAUUUCUUGAGAAUACAACGUCUUUCGUAGAGAUAAUGAGUCCAGAUAUCUUCAGCAUGAAGUCGGCAAUAACACUGAUGUUUCAAAUCAAACCCGUUGACGAUGGUCGCGUGAGGCGGCAUCAGAUAUUACUCUUCGGCGACAUCCUUGAUGUGUAUUAUCUCAAUGGAAGUGUGCACUUUGUUAUCAAAGAUGGCGCCCCGAUUCUCCUGCCCGGUGUCCGCGCGGCCAAGUGGACAAGCUUGGCGCUCACAUAUGACCACAGCACCAAGGUCUUAGUCCUUUGGAAGGCGAAUAAUCCGGCAGUGAAAACCUCAAUAGAGGUUCGUGAAGAUGACCACGUUCCACCAAAUGGUUUGACCCGUAUUGUCCUUGGAAAUGGAUUCACUGUAGACGAUGAGCGUUAUUACGGGGGAACAACACGGAUGCACUGCUUUCAAAUAUAUGACAGAGCACUGGGACUGGAGGAUAUGCUUUAUACCUGGGAAUUAUGCAGGUCGAGCGCUUCUGAUGGAGGACUGUGGAUAGGAGCCCACGAGGUCGGUGGUCAAUUUCGGUGGACCAGCGGUUCCCUCUUGAGUGACACGGAGACAAACGCGGCAGCCGCAUGGAGUCCCACCGCACAACGCGGGGACGGCGGAUGUUUGUUAUUGAGACCUUUUGGAUUCCACAACGUAGACUGCCAGCAGGAACAGAGGGAAUUCAUUUGUGAGAUAGAACACCUAGACCAUCCCCUAGGUCCAGCAGGCGAGGUUUUCAGGACUUGUGAAGAUGUAGGGUCCAAUUCAAACGGUAGAUGGCGACAGGUGCUUGUCCAGCCUGUGGACCACCUACCGCCGUUCACAGUAACCUGUGGUUUUGACUACACCACGGGGACGUUCCACCUGAGCCUGGAAACAGACCAGAAAUGGAUAGAUAUCAAAAAUGCAUUCCUUUCCUCAGAAGUUGAGUUUUCCUACAAUGAAAGUCUCGGGUUGAAUUUACAUUUGAUACCAUGGUAUAAACAGCGCUCUAUCCAGUGCCGACAGUACGUUCAGGCCCAUUGUAGCAACGCAGUUAUCUUUGGAGGCGACUAUUGGUGGAAGUCCAUCCAGGGGUAUCACAUGACAGAUUGGGGCGGAGCCUCAACCAACAGCUCUACUUGCGCAUGCGCGGGAUCGGAAUCCGGUUGCAACAAUCCAUUGUCUCCCUGUCACUGCGAUGGGAAGGGGAACGCGACCGACUCUGGGUUUCUCAGCGACCAACGCUAUCUCCCACUUAGAGGUGUUUUUAUAUCGGGGACAGUCAACGCAGACGCAGUAACUAUAUAUGUUGGCCCGUUCACCUGCAAAAGAGUCCAGUUGCAUGAUCUUGGCAUGUUGCUCCUUAAUUCUAAAUACAUAACAAAGGCGAACAACAUCCGGGCAUCUGACAUUGGAGCUGGAGCCGGUGGCGUAGGCGACGUAAUUUAUAGUUUUGUUGUCCAAUCAACUGACCCUGUGGAUAUCAUAAUAGACCUCCAUGCAGAGUAUUCAUUUGAUGUGAAUAUGAGACUGUACGGCGGCGUGAACCCACUCACUUUUCAACCUCUUGACGACAGAUUAAUUGUUCUCAGUGACGACGAAGGGGAUUCUCUGAAUCCUAGAAUUAUGGCAAGGUUACGGGGAAACCACACGUACUAUAUUGUCGUAAGCGGGACAGUGGGGACCCUCACCAAUCGAGGGUAUUUUGAGCUUCACUUAAGUACAAGUGGUUUUAACACAUUUAAAGCAUUAUCCGAAGAUUGUUUAACAGAUGCGGAGUGUCAAAAAUAUGACGCCGCCAGUUGGUGUCCAGAACAAACAUACAGGUGUGAGUGCCGCCCAGGUUUUGUGUCGGAUCAGUUCUCACACUGUCGGAAAGUUCUAGGAAUGGACUGUAACAACGAUCUUGAUUGUACCAGUGCGGUAUACGGAAGUACAUGUAAUGCAGAUUCGCCAUUAGGACCGAUUUGCACGUGCAAACCGAAUUGGUACGAGAGAGAGAAUGAGUGCAGAUGCCGCUCAUCUUUGUCACUGUGGGACGAUGAGUCAACCCUCUGCAGCUACACAAGGUAAAAAAGACAACGCAGGCAAAAUGUUUCUCCUAUCUACAAUAGACGGGUGUACGAUGGCAGGCGACCCAGACAUCGGGGUAUACGUACAGAUCUCCACGGACAGCGCAAUCCCAGCUCACGUCACAAUUACGUCACCUCUACUGCAAUCUAGAUACCGCCCGCACUUGGCUCAGGAUGUUCUACAGAGAGGCAAGCCAUUUACCUUUCACCUUCCAACCGAGUUUUUCUGCACGGAUUUAGAGAAGGCCGUGAACGGUAGCAUAUUAGUUUUGAGCACACGGGAUGUGUCUGUGUCUGUGAUCAUUCAAGGCCCAGAUGUGGCCGGAGGGUAUCUGGCUAUACCGGUUGAUGCUUGGGGGCAAGAGUAUAUGGCGGCGUGUGGCGAGUACCCAACUUAUCCUAACCGUCAUCACGAAUUUGUUGUUUUAGCCAUACAUGAGAAAACGAAAGUCCGCAUCCAAAUACCGCAGCAUACACCACAGAUGCCUUUAUUCCAAUUUGAAGGCAGACACUACGCUGGCCACGAGUCAUUUGAAAUCGAGCUUUCGAGAUAUCAAACAUUCCACGUGUAUCAAUUGACACGACCACUGACAAGUGCAUAUAUCGUCUCGGACAAACCCGUUGGACUUAUAUGCGGUUCGAGGGUUAUUCCAUUGGCGGAGAGAAGUCCCGGCUUGUCUCAUGAUAUGAUGAUUGAAAUGAUGCCACCAAUUUCAACGUGGGGACAGACUUACGUGUUCUUUCUACCCAGCACGCUCCCUGAUGCAACUGGUAUGGAAUUGGCGUUACUGUCCCCUCGGUCCAAAACAUCUGUACUUCUGUCUGAUGCAACCGCCACUUACGAAAUACAAGUAUACGAAUAUCCACAGCGAGGAAUACUUAUUCUGCCACUUGAAUUCGACGUAACUGACGAUAUGGGAGUUUUGAUAAAGGUUUCGGGUGGAAAUGACCCGGGGCUUGUAGUUCUAGGAGGAAGUCAGGGUGUUUACAAACGUGAAUCUCAAAAAGGGGGGCGCCAUCUGCAUGUUCUUACGUCUCUCCAACAGUCCCCUUCCCGGUCAACGUUCGUAGCAGGACAGCUUGAAAGUCGGUUGGGAUUGAAGUCGACGCCAUACGCACAGCACUUCGUGAAGACCGAUAACAUGACACUGGAUACCAGCGUUUGGCGUGGUUUUCCAGAAAAUCUUGUGAACCCGGCUGAGUGUGUGAUAAACCCGGGGGUCCACACGCUGUCUAAUGAGAUGCCACAAGAAAGCGUGGAGGGAACACUUUAUGGCACGGGAAAGCGGAUUGAAUAUGCAUUUCCUGUUGGAGCACUCUAUCAAGAAACCCAUCCAUGCCUUCCCAGUUUGUCGUCGGCUGGCGACCUGGUGGACAACGACUGCGACGGCUCUGUGGAUGAAGAGGUGGUUAAUGGUUUAGAUGACGACAACGAUGGUUUAAUUGACGAAGACGUGGUCAACCACGGGCAGCCACUACAAGAAGUACCACCCUGGCAAAUUACCUGCACCCGCACAAGCAGAGGCAUGUUAAUGAGCCUGCUAUACGACUCCGGAACAAAUUGGUCCAUCAUGAAAGCGGCCGGGACGGCCUUACAGCAGUGCCUUUUUGUCCGCUAUUUUCCUUAUGGAACUGAAUUUAGGAGAGAUAUUUUGUUGGACGACCAGGCUGACAGGGAUGCCUGCGGAGUAUCUGUGGAGAAAGAAGAGGAUUCGUUGGUCUACUUAAUAAACGUGAUUGCCCAGAAGGACCCGGAUGUUGUUGCCAUUGGAGACCAUAGUUACGUAGUGAGCUGUAUUUUCCCUCCUGACGACUCCUCUAGGGUCAUAGCCACAGCGUCAGAGGUUGGUAUCAACCCUUUAUCGGUGAGAGGCGCCAGUGGACGUAUAGGCAGUGAACAGGCCGCAAUUAUUUUGGAUAUACGAAAACAAGACAAGAACGACGAGAGUUUAAGACCAGAUGAAGAUGUUGGUGUCGGUAGUAUGAUUCGUCUGGAAGCAACUUUGGUCAGUAGCGGAGUGUUUCAAGGAAUACGUGUAGCGAAUUGCACUGCUUAUCCGACUGACACUUACAGCGAGACGGAGAAGCGGACAGUUACAGAUCAGAAUGGAUGUGGAGAUGGCCUCGUCAUUGACCAAGGCGAAGGAUUCAUGCCACUAGAACAAAGUUCUACAAAAGCAGCGUCACCGUAUUUCCCAGCAUUCAAGUUCAAUGAUCACGAGGUCGUGUUUUUCAAGUGUGUUGUCCUACUUUGUGUGUUCCCCGGUGCCCCUUUUUGCACAAUGCCCCAUUGUCACGACCCGAACGAAAUCCCAGAGAAGUGGCCUAACUACCAACACUUGCUGUAUAAAGACUAUCGGCGAAAGAGGAGGUCGGAAAAAGUCCUGCCAGACCUUGACACUUCCAUUACAGCAUCUGCAUGGAUGACGGUUCGAGAAAAGCUAAAUAAACCGCACGCCCUUCCUUCUAAGAGCGACAACGAGUCUUUGUCAGAGGGUCCAAACCUGAAUGCUGGACGCCUAUUUAAAGAGUGCAGCGUAUACAGUAUCCACUUCUUUUCCACCGUUGUGGUAAUAUUAUUUGUAGUCUUGGUGUUUGCCCUAACGGUGUCGUCUCUUAUUGUGCGAAUACGGAAAUAUGAAAUGAGAGGGAGACGAUAUGUAGAGAGUUUUAGGUGGGAUCGCAGUUCUCGAGACCGUAUCCGUUGUGUAAGGUAGCCAUGACAUAAUUGGGAAAAGAGAUCAUUCCGUUUGUUAAACAUGUGUUAUCUGAAUUCGCCCUUCAAACCAUGAAAAUUGAUUUUUGAUUUAAAAAAAGGUAUUUGAAAUGAUCCACAUAUUUAUAUAGAUUUACAAAUAUAUCUUGUGUCCCUGUUGUUUAAAGCACACUUCGGCGAUUUUGAAGCUUAAUUUUAAAGUUUGAUGCAAUUUGUGAUAUUAUAUCUAUCAAGACUGCAGGGAUUCUAUGAAAUUGCACAAAGGCCAAAUUACAUACAUAUAUUUUUUUCAUAAAAAGUUAUUUGUAUUAUAAACAUAUUUUUGGCAGAAAAACUGAAUUAUACGCAAAUGCCACGUACAAUUUAAAUAAAUAUUUAUA